GAGCGGAACGCGCAGACCCCGCGCCCCCAGGCUCCGGCCCCGGGAGCGUGGGGCUCACUGAGGUCCCCACACGCAGGCGGCAGGGUCGGGGGGUGUGUCGGUGCAGAGACCCGGAGGCCCGACAUCGGCUGUGAGCGGCAACCCCUCCGGGAGCUUCUCCCCAGCCAUGGACAGCCCCAGUCUUCAAGAGCUCCAACAGCCUCUGCGGGCAGGUAUAGGCUGCAACCCCCCUGUGGAGAAGCUUGGCGAGCCUGAGCUGGGGCCCCACUUUGGAGACAAAGCCUUUGCAGAGUCCCUAAGGGGUUAGCAGUUUCUCCCACCACCUCUUCCCUCUGUGAGCGCUGGUCUGGGGCAGCCAGGGCCCCCUGAACUUGAGGAUGCAUCAUCAAGUGACAGUGACUCCGACUGGAAUGAGGGCAGCUUUCUCUCCCCGCUCCUAUCCCAUGACCACUUCCUAUCCCACGACCACCUCGGCUUGGCCGUCCUCCACAGCGAUUUCUGGCCUGUGGGUGUCGCUGCCUUCUGCCUGGCCCAGGUCAGUCUUAAGGCUUGGGCCAAGGGGGACGUCCAGGAGGCAGCUGCCACCCACCAUGCCUUCCUGCUGGGAGUCCUGGCCACCGGGCAGGGCGUGUGCACAUACGCAGCAGCCCCAGUCCUCGCUGCUUACCUCACCUCCCCAGACCCACUCUAGCUGCCCCUUCGGUCCCCACUGUGCACCAGAGGCCAGUGGCCCAGAGUGUACACGGGCAGAGUGGAGACUCCGGGUGGAUGUGGCAGUGUGAGCCUCUAGCAAUGGGACCAAGCUGGAAACCC